UCUUGUGACUUUGUAUCGGACCUGGGGUGUCCCGGGAAGCGGGCGGUUAUGGUGUAACAUUUAGUGUAUCAGUCGUGGUGUGCACGCUUUGGCUCGUUGCCGGUUCUCGAGUGUAACUGCGCGCUUUCUUCAGCGCUGGAUCUCGCCCAGCAUUAAUAAUUCCACUGCAGUUCCCUCCCCUUACCCGCUAUAUUCCAAGGCGGGGAGGAAGCUCCACCGCCGCUGUUGCUGUUGCCGAUCUCCACCACCCUCACCCCUCCCUCUCUCUCUUUCUCUUGUUCCCCUUCCUCGCCCUGGGAAGGACGAUGGACAACAAGCCGCUGCUCCAAGAUAGGCCCCCCGCAUAUGCGCCCAGCUCGACGAGCUACGAGUACGGCCAGACUUAUGGGACCAUCCCGCCGCCUGGAUACCAACAGCAGCCUCCUCCGUACUCCUACCCAGCCUCAGGAUACGUGCCUCCUGUUUCAGUAAGUGUUCAGCCUCCUGUCUGUCCAACGUCGAACUAUUCCAACACUUACACCAUCAUCCAGCAACCCACUGCGGCUUCUGUAGUAGUGGUUGGUGGGUGCCCUGCCUGCAGAGUUGGUGUUCUGGAAGAUGACUUCACUUGCCUUGGUGUGCUCUGUGCAAUAUUUUUCUUCCCCAUUGGGAUCCUCUUUUGCCUAGCAUUGCGACAACGGAGAUGCCCGAAUUGUGGGGCCAGUUUUGGUUGAUGGGUUUGAUGGCCAAGUCUUUUUUUUUACUGUAAAUUCUCUCCUAUUCUGUAUAAAUUGCCAUGAAUGAACUGUCAUCAUUCUAUAUUUAGUUUAAUAGAACUUGAGUUGAUCUUUAUUAAAGAAACAUGAUAAUUUGAGAAGUCUGAACAACUAUAAAAGUAAUUUGUUUUUGAAUGUUUAAAAUGUACAGGUGAAAAGUUGUCUCUGUACUCUACUGGUUCUGCAGAUGUGACUGCAAAUGCUACAAUUAAAUUUGCAUCCUUGUA